AUGGCGAACGCCAACAAAACAGAUCCAUUUGAACAUUUGUCUUCAAAUAAUCAACUCAGUGAUGACCAGUUGAAACCUGAAGAAAUUUCCAGCUUUUUAACAGAUGAAUAUAAGAGAAUAGAGAUGUGUAGCAAACAAAAAUCCAACGUCCCGAAAUUUCCGAAAAUUGUUUCAUCAGACACAAAACGACCGCACGUGAGAGAGAUUGUUGAGCCAGACGAUUUCGAUGAGAAUGGGCAAAUAACAGAAGCAGAUUUGAAUACAAGAAUUGCCAAUCCAACACACGAUAGGCGGCUACCCCCUAUAAAACCGAGAGUCCCUAGAUCACCUGUAAUAUCAUUUGAACACGAUUCGCCGUUAACCGCUAUUGAACAAGACACACGCCACACAGAACUAGAACUACUAGACCGUUCAGAAUCUACUACACCAUCGGAAUGUCUGGACUAUAGCGAUGAAUACAACCAAAACAGUGUGAUCAUCUCUAAUUUGCCUAUCGGUCAAUCAGAAACUCACUUGAAGACAUAUUUGGAAAGCAAGGGUUUCUCGGAUGUUGAAGUCAAUGUAUAUCUGUUGUCCAACAGAGCAUAUGUCAAAUACAGUUCUUACUCAGGUUAUGAGGAAUGUCGAAUAUUUGGAAAGAAGGAUAUAUUAGAAGGACAAGAGAUCACUCUAUUAGAACCUGAUUGUAGAAGACUAUUCGUGAAACAAAGUGUCAACAAGAAUGAAAUUGAACGUGUUCUGAUAACUACCCUAAGUAAAAGAUUUCCAGAGAUGAAGCUUAAGUCAGUUACGUAUGAAGAUGAAGCAGCAUAUGUCGUAACAUUUAGGAAACAAUCUCAAGAACUUGAUCAACUUAUAAAAGAAUUAGAAGCAAAUGAAGACUUUGGUAAUUCUAUAUCCUGGCAACGACUUGAAAAGACUACGUGUCUGGCUAUCACUGGCAUCCCAACACAUCUGACACUUACUGAUGUGCACAAGUUAAGAUAUUCACAUGAGGCAACUGAUGUGAAAUGGACAAUGGCGGACAGAACUGCUUUCCUAUAUUUCAAAGAAUCAAUUGGCAUGGAAAUGGUUAUACGUAAGAUACAACGGGCAAAAAACAAUGAACGUAUUACCGUACAACCGCAAUACUCAUUCUACAAGUUUCCAAAGGUUAUACUCUCUAAUUUGAAGGUAUCGUUCAACAAACAUAUAUUCUCCCAUGUCAAUAACCAUCUCGGAUACAGAGAACAGUUUGACACAAUUAUCGCCAAGGCAAAGGCGAAAAUUGUGACAAUGGAUGAUGAUGGCAACUUAACAUUGGAGUUUGAUGUCUUCGGAUCUACACAGUCCGAUCAUUUGGAAAUGGUUGAGCGGAAGGAAUGGUGUGAGCGAAGCCUUUGUGCCUUCAUUAGUAAUUACACACUUAUAGAAGUCGACAUCCCUGAAGACAUCGACUUAGAUGUAAUAAAAAGUAAGACAAGUGUAAUUUCAUCCCAGGCAACGCAGAUUGAAGUCCACUUCACUGAUAAUUUAAUUAGGUUGGUAGGAUUGAACAAUUCAGUGGAUGCCGCAAAGUUGACCCUGUUUGAAAUCAUAGAUGAGGAGCAGUUUGGAAUUGAAGCAACAACAAUAACACUUGAUUUACCUGCUAAAAAAUGGGAAGUAGUGAAAAGGAAGAACCUGCUAAAUUUUCUUCCGGCCAACAUUGUUGUUACCACUGAAGAAAUUAAAUCAGAUCAAAGGAACAUGAAACUUAUUUUGAGCGGUCCAAGAAAAGAAAUUCGAAUUAAUAAAGAUCGUGUUACAAACACUAUUAACCAAGAAGUGUGCGAAUGUCGUUAUACUAUUCCGAGUGUGAUUAGAUUGAGCUUCCCACAAGGAUUCAAUAUAGAGCAAUACCUUAUACAGAAGUUUUCUCAGGAAAACGUAUCCACCAUAAUUUCGAUGGAGGACGAGUGGGAUGUGUUAACCAUGGGAACAGAAUCUGACCUUAUAAAAUCGUCAGCUAAGAUAAGAUCGAUUUUUCACAAAGAUUUUAAAAGAGUAAUUAGUGGAGUCCGGCAGAGAGAGCUUCUGGAGAAAGAGGUGUUUAGAAAUAUCAUCCGUGAAAUAAACAACCGAGGAGACAUACAGGUACUUGUUAAUCCAGAAAACAACAAAAUAUUGAUUCGUGGCAUUGCAGAAAAGGUCAAUGAAAAACAGCGUGACGUGCAGAAGUUUCUCACAGAGAAUGAAAUUAAGGAAUCUCAAAUGAAAUUUCACCCUGCUAAGCUAGAUUUUCUAGACCAGCACAACAAAGAAUCACUCAUUCGUCUACAAGAAGAGUUGGAUAACGAUUUCGUCAAAAUAACUGUUGCACAGGGAAUAAUAACACUGAGAGGAACUUCACGAGGUCUUAAAACAGCACGGGCGAAAAUAGAUAGCAUGAAUAGAGCGAUAUUGGAAUCGUCAGUUAAUGUUGAGGGAAAAACAGCUAUGUUCGAUAAAGGGACAGAAUCAACGAUAAUUAAAAGCAUACACCAACAGUAUCCCUGUAUUAUGAAUGUUAUUAGAACUGAUGAACAAUUAGCAACGAUUAACCCAGCCACAAUACUCCGACUAGAACAGGAAAAUGAAAUGGAAAAUGAAAAUAGACCUCCAACAAAUGUUCUUCAUUUAUCACAAGGAAAAAGUAUUACGUUGGUGAAAGGAAAUAUUGCAAAGGAAAAUGUCGAUGUUAUUGUGAACAACACAUCAUCUGACCUUAACCUUCAAGGCGGAGUCAGUAGAAUCUUGAGCAAGGCUGCCGGACCCAAUCUUAAGAAGAUGUGUGAAGGCUUAUUACAGAGCCAUGGUGGUUCAAUCCCAGUUCAUGGAGUUGAUACGCCAGGUUAUAAUCUGCACUGCAAAAGAAUAUAUCAUAUUAUCACACCUGGUAAAAAUGAUGAAGAGGGUUUACGUCGUGUCAUUCAACAUUCACUGACAUUUGCCUCCAAAUCUGGUUAUACAUCAAUAUCAAUUCCGGCCAUCGGCACUCGCGUGAACAAUUUUCCAAGAGAUGUAGUUGCUCGAUCUAUGUAUGAAGAAGCAGUCAAUUUUUAUAACGAUACUCCGUCAACAAGUCUCAAGGAUAUCCGACUGGUUGUGUUUGAUUCACUAUCAAUUGCAGCAUUCGAACUUGAGCUAGGUAGACGUUUAGGAUCAUCAAUAAUGGCAGCGACAGAAAGUGCACCACCUUGUUCAAAAACUGCAACACACGAUACGAUUACAGUUGGUGGUACACGGAUAUAUGUUUAUGAAGGUGACAUAAUUAAAGAACAAGUAGACUGUAUUGCUAAUACAAUUAGCCAUGAAUUAGGUUAUGGGCAGCUUGGUCAGCGGCUUGUACAGCUUGGUGGUGAAGAAAUACAUAGUGAAUUGCAGCAAAAAGGUCUAAACAAUCCAACAAUGGUGAUAACUACAGGACCAGGCACCCUGCAAUUCAAGCGCAUUUAUCACACAAAGAUUCCAACAGAUAACCAAAUGAAGGAUAGUGUUUUGAAAUGCCUUACCCUGGCGGAAACCGACGGUAUGACAUCCAUAGCAUUACCUGCAAUAGGAACGGGUUCGGCUAAACGCAAUGUAAUUGAUGUUGCACGUGGCAUGCUAGACGGUAUUGUGGAGUAUGCAGUACGAAGCUCACCUACAUGCCUUAGAUCAAUAAAAAUCGUUAUUUGGCCGGUAACACCGUCACAUCUACAACCGUUUUUGAAUGCUCUUCAAGAAAAACAUACAGCGUUGACUGGUGUAUUCGCAAUGUCCACAUUUCCUGGAUCAUCGGUUGUAUCUGCUGAGGACGAUGUUAAUGAUUAUUUUGAGGAUACUUCUAAAUUAAAAGCGACAGAAAGUGCACCACCUUGUUCAAAAACUGCAACACACGAUACGAUUACAGUUGGUGGUACACAGAUAUAUGUUUAUGAAGGUGACAUAAUUAAAGAACAAGUAGACAGUAUUGCUAAUACAAUUAGUCAUGAAUUAGGUUAUGGGCAGCUUGGUCAGCGGCUUGUACAGCUUGGUGGUGAGGAAAUACAUAGUGAAUUGCAGCAAAAAGGUCAAAACAAUCCAGCAAUGGUGAUAACUACAGGACCAGGCACCCUGCAAUUUAAGCGCAUUUAUCACACAAAGAUUCCAACAAAUGAUCAAAUGAAGGAUAGUGUUUUGAAAUGCCUUACCCUGGCGGAAACCGACGGUAUGACAUCCAUAGCAUUACCUGCAAUAGGAACGGGUUCGGCUAAACGCAAUGUAAUUGGUGUUGCACGUGGUAUGCUAGACGGUAUUGUGGAGUAUGCAGUACGAAGCUCACCUACAUGCCUUAGAUCAAUAAAAAUCGUUAUUUGGCCGGUAACACCGUCACAUCUACAACCGUUUUUAAAUGCUCUUCAAGAAAAACAUACAGCGUUGACUGGUGUAUUCGCAACGUCCACAUUUCCUGGAUCAUCGGUUGUAUCUGCUGAGGACGAUUUUGAUGAUUAUUUUGAGGAUACUUCUAAAUUAAAAGAUACAUUGGUUUCAAUUCUUGGCAAAUACAUUGUUACACAUCGAGCUCUAUUUGAAAUAAAGAUAUUUGCUGGAGAGCAAAACGUUAUUGACACAGUGAAAGAUGAAAUACAAGAUGCUAUCAGAAACUUUAAGUCCCAUGACAAAGAAUUCAACAACGAGUUGAUAGGUAAAUUGAAGAAAGAGGAUAUCAUUGAACUGGAAGAAACAGCAUCGAAAUGUGACAUUACGAUAACUGUUGAUGUAGAAAAAUCAACAAUAAGCAUAACCGGGGAUGACGUUAAAGAUGAACUUUUUGAAGAUUUUACAAGUGUGUUUAAUAAGAUAACAAAAAGAAUAAAGCAAAGGCGCAAACGCGAAAAGGCAUCUGCGAUGGCUGAAAAAGUACAAUGGUACUAUAUUGACGAACCAGGUGAAAAAUACAUCGCUUUUGAUAAAAUGGACAACUUUGCACUGGAGAAGCAUGCAGGAACGAAAAAGAAUAAGCUGAAAUGCGAGCUACUCGGACAAAAUGCCUGUGUUUCGUACAAGAACAAAUUUGCCAUUUUUGGUACUCGUAAAUUGCAAUUAGUACGAAGGUCACAAACAGAGCUCGAUCUUCCACCUUAUUGGAAAGAAGUAAGGAAUGAUGAUGUCAUUGUUGAGGAUAUAAACAACACAUCAGACGAGUAUCAGGAAGCGUACAAAUUGUUCUUUGAUACACUUGGCAGUUUUAGAACGAGGUGCAAGGUUAUAAAGAUUCAAAGAGUUCAAAACCCCUGGAGAUACAGGCAGUAUAUGACAUCAAGACGGAAAUUUGAAGAUCGUGAGUAUGAGAAACGGUUAUUUCAUGGCACGCAUGCUGAUAACGUUACAUAUAUUAACAGAGAGAACUUUAACCGGAGUUAUCAGGCAACAAACGUUGGUGCUAGAUUUGGCCAAGGAUCGUAUUUUGCCAAAGAUUCUGAGUAUUCAAUACCAUAUUCACAGAAGGAUAGUAAUGAUACAAGGCUAAUAAUGUACUUGGUACGUGUACUAGUCGGGGAGUAUGCCCGUGGAAACUUGAAUAUGAAAGCACCACCAGUGAAAGAUACAAGAACUCAGACGAAAUACGACUCAACAGUGGAUGAUCCUGCCAAUCCCACAAUAUUUGUGGUGUACGACGAUACAUUUGCUUAUCCUGAAUUUAUAAUACAUUUUGAAAUACGUUAA